AUGGUUCGAUAUCAUUCAUGACAGAACGAUAGAAAACAGAUAAUUAACUGUUUUAAACACUUACAUUUUCUCUUCCUUUAGACUCCUGGUAAACGUUUCAGUAAAAUCCCUGUGGCUCAAACUCCACCGAACAAAGAUAGACCCCCGGGAAAAUCGCCUGAGAAAUCAGCUCUUACUCCUGAACAAGUAGGACAGUUAGCACGUUUGAUUCAAAUGUAUCAAAAAGACAACAUGGACAAUGACGUACCAUCACCUCAGAAGAUGUUUCAGUACCUUAGGGAGGUCCAGAUCAGGUAUCUAAAACUUGUAUAAGGUGUAUAAAAAACGGCUCGCUAAUUCAAAUAGAGAUCAAAUAUAUAUUACAUUUGGAAAAGAAAAACAGGAAAAGUUUUUUGCAUUCAGUAUGGAAAAAAAUGAAAAUUCCGAAAUACUGUUUAACAAAACGAAGAAAAUUAUGUAAGAAUGAAAAUGGCUAAUCACAUGCAUCUUAGUAACUAUAGAGCUUUCUUUUCAUUAUUUCAUGUUAUUUACAAAAUGUACUGUAGUUUUGAAGUUAUAUAAUCAGUGCCAGCAAUAUAAUCAGUGCGUGCACAAAGGCUCCGUUUCAAUUUGAGCAUAAUUAUAAAAAAUGAGUCUUUUGAUAGCGUGGCCUUUCGCGAUAUAUAAAUAACGCCUGAUAAAUAAUCAGUGCGAGCCCAACGGCUCUAAAAUCACAACAAAUAACGGAAUAUAAAAUAAAUUAAGAACAGCGGUUUACCUACCUCGAUCUAUUUUUCUGAGGCGCUCAAUUAUGUAAAUUUUCGGCGAACAAUCAAUAUUUUCUUUGCGUUUCCUCGACGAAACCCGUGGAUGAAAACGUGCAUGAGUGAUUCACAAUACACGUUUCCGGAAAGUACGUCACCUUGGCUAUAGAGCCUCGCUUCCAUGACCGAAACAUCGGACUUUGACUAAUGUCAGGUACACGACAACGAGGCUCUAUAGCCAAAGUGACGUACUUUCCGGAAGGAUGUAUUCACAUCACAUGAAAAUGCUCGUCGGAAAAGCUUUGUAUUUCGGUCGUAUUUUGCGAAUCUGCCACGUGAUUUACUUACCACCGCCAGUACAACGCGACACGAAUUUUAGAGCUAUAUGAAAGUUGCAUGCCAUAUCUUCACCGCACGUCAAAAAUGACUGGUUUUAGAAUUUAGCAAACUUGUUACUUAGCAUACUCCUUGUUACUGUAGAUAUUAAAGGAACAACCUUUUAAAUAGAUUAAAGUCAAUUUAUAAUCGAACUAACUUACUGUAAAAAAUUUAGCUUAAAAAAUAAUAAAAUAUAAUUUUGUCAUUUUUAUGCAGAUGCAGUUUACUUUUUAUUAAGUUUUCCCAUAACCUAUAUAUAGUGCAACAUGCAUGCGCAGGGCGUCUAUAAGAUAUAUAGGGCAGCAAUACGACGUUCUGAUGAAGCACAUACUGACAGUGUGAUGCACUUUAAGCCUGGUGCUAACGCGGCUGGCUUUGAAUUUUUGUCCAAACAAAAUAUUUAAGAGAAAUAAAUUAUAAAAGAAUAUUAUAUAUCUUAGAAAUUUCAUGCCUAAAUUCUGAAUAAGUCGAUAGUUGGUAUAUAUAAUUCUGUAUUUUGUUGUUUAUGCAUUUACCAUUCGUAUACAACAAUAUAACAUGAUUUAAGACAUAACGAAAACAACGAAAUACUGUAAGAUUAGAACGUCUUCGUUCAAAUUUCUUAAUACUACUACAGCCUGGUUUCCAUUUAGUCGUAACUGUCGUAAACAUAUCAAGGUGACAGAUGUAAUAAAUGUCGAUAUAUUUCUACAAUCAAUGGAAACUGAUUUUCAUAUAAUAUACAGCACACAAAAGACAAGACUAUUUCACAUACAGACUACACUAUUUCAUAUACUAAAUGAAAACAAGGUUUAAGUGUCACAUCACCGCUAAGAAUUAGAAAGUAUUCCAUGAGUACUUUACACCGCGAUAACUAGACGAUCGCUGAUUUCUGAAAGCUUUUGACUGUCAGCUUAAUAACUAUAUGUAACAAAGCUGUAACAAUGAUUUUUCAACCAUGAAAUCAUUGGUAGACUAUAAAUUAAGCUAAAUAUUGCAUGAAAUUUUACAUUUCCAGCUACAAAAUGCUGGUAAUGCAAUCCUCCCCAAUAUUUCGCGAAGUGUCCACCACUGCAUGCAGUUAUAUAUACUGCAAAAACUCAUUAAUAAUUCAUGAGUAAAACACAAAGAAAAAUCAGACAUAAGCGUGUCGUAUCUUUAUAUGUGAUAGAGAUUUCCCUUGAUUUACAUAAACUUUAACUUUGAUUUUCUUUACUUUACUUUAAUACACAACGUAUUUUUUGAAAAUUACUUCGCCAAUGAACUUACUAGAUCGAUCGUUUUUAAAGCAAUUUAAAACAUUCGCAGUGCGUGUUUUAUAGACCUAACGAUAGGCUCGGCUUCGCCUCGUAUCUUUAUAUCUGAUAAAACACUGCUGCUCAUGUUUUAAAUAUAAUACAUAAAAAGUUAUGUGAAAUAUUCAACAAAAUAUCUUCGUUUAGCUUCUAAGUAAAAAUUAAGUCCGCAGACGAUUCCUGUUGUGUGUGCUUUAUGUCUAUAGAAUUACUCCAGUCGUACGCUUUUGUAGUCUAACAAUCAAUCAAUAUUCAUUUGGCAGUACUUCCUCAUACCACAUAUUGAUAGUCUAUCGGUUUUAUAAAAUGACUGUCUGCUAUAUGUAUAAUAUGGAGGGAAAAUAUGAAGAUAUUGAUAACUCUAUCCGUUUCGAGACUUUAAUUGCAAAUCAGAAUUCUCGAUAAUUUGUCCAUUGAGCUGAACUUAGAUUCUUUCACAGACUCGCCGCAUAAUCGAGCUAAUUUCUGUUUAGUUGGCAUAGUCAUGCCUGAUUGAUGGUGAUCUACUCAGAGAUUGGAGUUACAGCCGUUUGCAACUCUUUCUCUAAUAUCCAAUGACCAUGCAUAUCUUCCUGCUUGCAAUAGAGCUAUAUAAUAUCAUACAGUUUUCAGGAUCCUCAUAAUAUAGGUCUGAAGUGGUGUCAUGCAUAUGCAGUAUAUUUAUGCGCUCUAAAUUUAUUUAAUUGCUUGCAGGGGUGAGAACGAGGGCAAGCAAAGGAACAAGGAUAGUUUUUUCGAGGAGCCCAUGAUCGCAGCUGAUAGGAAAGAAAGCAAAGCAAAAAGGAAACUGGAAGUAAAUAUCCAACCUGGAAAAUUAAAGGUAUGUCUGUACAUGAAACGCAGGGGUAUUUUAGGUUUGGGGACUUGGAUGAUAUCUCGUGAAAUUUGGAUAAAACAAGCACUCGUGAGUUUUUCAAAGACCUCAUAAACUCACUCGUGCAUUUUUUAUCCAAAUUUUACUCGAAAGCAUCCUAUUACCUAUACUUACACCCCUUUUCCAAGUUUCUGAGCAUACGGAGCGGACCCCUUAUAUAAUUGUGACUUCACAAAUAAUAAGUCGUUUUCCUUCGCCUAACUAGGAAGUUCCUGUGCAGGCAGAUCCAGACGUGACAGUCAACAGUAGUCUUGCCAGUAAACAUUUCUUUGACGAAACAAGACGACCUGGUAGAACUACUACUAUAACAAGCGAUUCUGAACUUGCCACACUGCGUAGACCAGACAGCAAAACUACGAAAUCUAGAAAAUCACAAAAUUCUGCCGUCACAAAACCGUUAAAACGAGCGACAGGAAAGACUAGUAAAGCGUGGAAGUAGUAUAUAACGUUGUGUAUGUUUUGUGAAAGUUUGUGUAUAUAUAUAUUGUAAGUAUUAUAAUUUAGCCAUUCUCAUAUUAUGCGACCAGGUUUUGUCCGCCAUUUUUGCUUGCCAAACCGCGCAACAAAAAAGAUCUCAACAAAUUAGGAAGGAGUGAUUCAGUGAUAAAGAGUACUUAUAAUCAAUAUAUAUAUAUAUAUAUAUAUAUACUACUGUGUUGUAACUUCUCCAAUUCACUCCUUCGCUUGCAUGUUGCCAUCCAAAAAUAUCGAACAAGGACUGGUCCCAUGGCGCACGAAAGGCUAAUUUAGUGAGUUCUUGAUAGUGCAUGUAUAUAUGUAUAUGCUAUAUUUAAUAUAUUCAAGACAUUUCUAACGAUUUUAGUGUCAUACAUGCUAUGCUAGAAAGAGCGAUUGAAUCACAAACUCGCAAGCCAGGCUCUCUACUCCGCUUCCCUGCCAAGAGGCUGGCUUGCGAGGUUGCUUGAAUCACUGAGGAGUAGUGCUAUUGAUCAAGCACCGUGGUUUUCGUCAGGGGGGCCGCCCGAGCUUGAACCUGGG